UAUAUUCAACUCAUGCUGCCAGAUUUUGAAAAAAGAUGAUGUUCUUUAACGUUGUACCGAAGUUUCGACGGGCGUGAGUCGAAACAUUUUAAUACGUGUGAUUGAUCAACCAACCAAAGUGCUGACCUGUCCUAUGCCCAGCUCUAUUGAGGCGUACUCCUACAGUCUUACUCCACCCCCAAAGUCCACAAAUUUUCACAUGCCACUUUGACGCAUGAUCUCUUUCCCUCUCUUACCGUUAAGGCUCAACAAAUUGCCACAGCCAAAAUCCACCAUUUUUCUCCACAUUGCAGCAGCAACAACUUCUUCUGAAUCAAUUGACCGAUUUCCAAUCAAUCAAACAUUUUUACAAGAACCCCAACAAAACCCAGCUGAGAAAAUUCAAAACUUGUUAUCAAAUUGCACAAAUUUACUUCAACUUCAUCAAAUUCAUGCUCAUAUAAUUAGAACCCACUACUUAGAAUUAAACAAUGCCCCAUUUUAUUGGAACAAUUUCAUAAGAUUAUACACUAGAUUAAACUCCCCAUGUUCUGCUUUUCAUGUUUACCUGUCUAUGUCUAGAGCAGGGGUGUUACCUGAUCAUUAUACCCUGCCCAUCACCAUUAAAGCUGUUGGGCAAGCUUACUCUUUGAAAACAAGCCAGCAACUUCAUGGGGUUGCAAUUGUUCAUGGAAUUGAGUGUGAUGAGUUUGUUCAAAGUGGGUUGGUUAAUAUGUAUGUGAAAGUAGGUGAGUUUGGAGAUGCAUACAAGGUGUUUGAUGAAAGUCCUGAGAGAAAGUUAGGUUCUUGGAAUGCAAUUAUAGCUGGGUUAGCCCAAAGUGGGCGUUCUAGGGAUGCUUUAGGUAUGUUUUUGAGGAUGAGGAGAAGUGGGUUUGAGCCGGAUGGUGUGACAAUGAUUAGUGUUGUUUCGGCAUGUGGAGGGUUAGGGGAUUUUAAGUUAGCACUACAAUUGCAUAAAUGUGUUUUUCAAGUGAAAUGGAAAGGACAAGAGAAUGUUUUGAUGAUGAAUUCGGUCAUUGAUAUGUAUGGGAAAUGUGGGAGGAUGGACUUGGCUUAUGGGGUGUUCUCGAAAAUGGAUGAACGAAAUGUGUCGUCGUGGACUUCCAUGAUAGUAGGUUAUGCUACACAUGGCCUUGCCAAUAAAGCUAUGGAGUUCUUUCAUGCCAUGAUAGAAGCUGGUGUGAUGCCGAAUCAUGUGACUUUUGUUGGGGUGUUGAGUGCAUGUGUUCAUGGUGGGAUGGUUGAUGAGGGGAAGCGUUGCUUUCAUAUGAUGAAGAAUGUUUAUGGGAUCGAGCCCAACGUGCAGCAUUAUGGAUGUAUGGCGGACUUACUUGGUCGAGCAGGAUUGCUAGAGGAGGCAAGAAAUAUGGUGGAAUCCAUGUCCAUGAAGCCAAAUGUUGUGAUUUGGGGGUGUUUGUUGGCAGCAAGUGAGAAAUAUAAUGAUGUUAAAAUGGGAGAAUGGGUAACGAAGCAUUUUCUCGAGCUGGAGCCAUGGAAUGAUGGGGUUUACGUUGUUUUAUCAAACAUCUAUGCUAGUAGAGAUAUGUGGGAGGAGGUUGAAAAGAUGAGGGAAAUUAUGAAACAGAGAAGAUUAUCUAAGCUUCAAGGUUAUAGUUCUGUGACCAUUAGUAUCAAUUGAAAGAUUACCCAUUCUCUUCUGAACUCGCUUUACACUAUAAAUUGAUUGUCGUUUGACAUUUCACAAAAAUUUCAAAUGGGAAGUGAUGUGUUCUUUGGA